CACAUUUGAGGUAAAAUUUCUAAUUGGUUUUAGCAGAUAAAUUUAAUAGUUAGUGUUAAAACCUUCUUUCCAAGAACUACUUACCCCGAGAAAGGAUAUUUGGAGAAGCUCAAGGGAAACGGAAACAAGGGAGCCGAAAAAAUCCUCAGCGGCUAUUGCAGUCGUCGUCCUGCGCGAAAUGGAGGAAAGCGAACCUGGCAGGGUGCUCCACUUAACUGCGAGCUGCUUGUUGUGGCAAUUGUAGUGAUUUGUCUGUUUAAUGCAUUUCCAGGAUGAGGAGUGGUCAUGUUCCUUCCUUGGCUGCGGGUUAUUGCCAGAGCGGAAUCCUCAAUCCCGUAGUUCAGUUUAGCCGGAAAGGAGUGGUAGAUGGAGUGGGAGAGGGCGAAAGCUGGGAAAGGAUGCCCCACCCCCUGCCAUCCUGUCCUGUCCGACGAGCGGUGCAGUCAUGUGCAGGAAUUAAUUUUGCGAUUACGCGUAAUUACAGCCCGGAAAAAAGUCAACAAAGAAGGACGCGGCGCUGGCAGGAGCAAAACUUAAUUGCGAUUACAGCUUUGAAAUUUCUCGCGGUGCACUGGAGAUCGCCCAAUGAAUGGACCCACAAUCAAGCGCUCAACUCGGGCGACCAAUCAACGGGGCAAUCAACGACCAUCGGCGCGGAGCGGGCGCAAGUACAAGAACCGCAUUGAGCGGGGCGUAACGUGAUUUUACUGCAAUCCGAUCUGGUUUGGCACAAACAUCUUGCUAUCAUCUUGCUCCGCCAGCGGAGCUCAGUUCUUGUCGGCGGUGUUUGUGUAAUUUUCGAAAACAAUUUGUGUGAAUUAUGUG